CGGGAAAAUAUGAGAGUGAUAAUUGCAGUUGCAACUUUGAUAGCUGUAUCAGUUGCUGCUCCUCAGGGAGGACCAGACAAAGAUGCGGUCGUAACAAGAUACGAAAGUGAUAAUAUUGGUGUCGAUGGAUAUAACUAUGCUUACGAAACCAGCAAUGGUAUAUCCGGACAGGAACAAGGAACGUUGAACAACGCGGGCAGCGAAAACGAAGCCAUAGCAGUAAGGGGGUCGUACUCGUUCACAGGACCUGACGGUGUCACUUACACGAUUACGUAUGUGGCAGACGAGAAUGGUUUCCAACCGGAAGGGGCUCAUUUGCCUAAAUCUCGUUAAUUUUUUUUAUUAGGAUGAAUAGUAUUUAUACUGUGCACUAGAACUGACGCAAUUUUUGACGUGGUUCAAUUUAUGCUGUAAAUACACUUGAAAA